AGCCGAUUGCGGAGCGCAGCGCGCAGGCGCGGGCCGGCGGGGCGAGCGGCCCAUGGCUGGCGGCGGCGGCGGGCGACGAUGACCGACUACAGCGAGGAGCAGCGCAACGAGCUGGAGGCCUUGGAGUCCAUCUACCCGGACUCGUUCACGGUAUUGUCAGAAAAUCCAACAACUUUCACCAUCACUGUGACGUCUGAAGCAGGAGAAAACGAUGAAACUGUCCAGACAACCCUUAAAUUUACCUACAGAGAAAAAUACCCUGAUGAAACUCCACUGUAUGAAAUUGUCUCACAGGAGAAUCUUGAUGAUAACGAUGUCACAGACAUACUAAAGCUACUAGAACAACAGGCAGAAGAAAAUUUAGGAAUGGUAAUGAUCUUCACUCUGGUCUCAGCAGUACAGGAGAAAUUAAAUGAAAUUGUGGAUCAAAUAAAAACACGUAGAGAAGAGGAAAAGAAACAGAAAGAAAGAGAAGCAGAAGAAGAGGAGAAACAACGUUUUCAUGGCACUCCUGUUACCAUUGAGAAUUUCCUAAAUUGGAAAGCAAAGUUUGAUGCAGAACUCCUAGAAAUAAAAAGGAAAAAAAUGAAAGAAGAAGAACAAGCAGGCAAAAAUAAAUUAAGCGGUAAGCAGCUGUUUGAAAUGGACCACAAUCUUGACACCUCUGACAUCCAGUUCUUGGAGGAAGCUGGGAACAGCGUGGAAGUUGAUGAAUCUUUAUUCCAAGAAAUGGAUGAUUUAGAGUUGGAGGAUGAAGAGGAUGACCCCGACUACAAUCCUGUUAAUCUAGAUAGUGAUUAGACUUUUAACCAACUGGUUCUGUCAUGAAUAUGGACAUAUGUAAGGAGAGAGGGGCAGGCAGGAAAGCCACAGCAUCUGUGGUUUUAGUAAUAUGUAUUGGUUUACUAUUUUUUCCCCACUUUUUUUUUUCCUAAAGAAGAACACCAAAAUAUUUUAAAUCCAGGAGAAUGAUAUUCUGAUGACUUCAAUUGUGAAUAAAUGUAAUAUUUCUCAUGACAAAUUUGAGGAUUAUUGAUCUGUCUGAAAAACUAUUCUAUUUUUCUCUCUCUUUUUUUCUUUCCUUCUCACUUCUGUAAUUGUCCUUUGAAGAGAAUUGUCCUUGACAGCAAACAAGAUGGAAAGUUCUUAGGGCAUGUGCUAAACACACCUGCAUCUGAAGGCUGAGCAGCUGUUCUGCUGUCUUCCACUUGGGACACACAGAGGCAGCUUUAGUGAAUAAAAGGGAUCACAUACUGUGCAGUUAUUGAUUAGUAUUAUUCAGUUUAUUUUCUUCUGCAGCAUUUUCUACCACUGCAUAUCAGCUGUGGUGCCCCAACCUACAGGCUAUAGAUAGGCAGCACUGGUCACCUUUAAUUGAAACUUCUUAAGUUCAAUGGAAACCAUUUCCCAGCUACUAGAGUGAAAUCUUUCCUACAUAGCUGAUUUCAAAAGGACUAGUUCAGCUCUCUAGGGAAAAUAAUGAGGUGAAGUCCUCUUAAAAAUCUUGAUUGAUUAGUUCAGAGUGAGUUUAGUUUCUCUUGAAUUUGUGCAUCACUGUAAAAAAACCCCAAACCAAGAAACGAUCCUAGUAUAAUUAUCUUGCUUUUGACACCAAACUGACAAGCCACUACCAGUGAAAUGCAGGUUCCAGUAUCAGGAGUUAUCACAGAAUCACAGCAUUAACCAGGUUGGAAAAGACCUCUGAGAUCAUCGAGUCCAACCUAUCACCUAACCCUUCUAAUUAACUAACCUGUGUUGAGUUGGAAUGUAAUGGUUGUUUUAGAAGCACCUUGUUGGCAGCCUGUAAAGGUUGGUACAAUGUAUAAUAAAGCUACACAUCAACUUGUGGACAUUCAGGAUCCUGCAGAGUUGCUUACAGAGCUAAUAGCUUGAUGUUAAACUUCUCACCUCCAAAAAAACACCCCACUCAGGCACUGCAAGAACCGUGGAGUUUAAACGUGCUGCGUUUGAAGACUGCAUCACUUUAGAAGGCUGAUGCUCUGGAUGAAGGUUUCCAAAGACAGCUCUCCAAACAGAACCAGCAGGCACCUUCUGUGCUGGAUUUUUUCAUUCUGAUAGCAGACUGCCUUAACUGCACCAGCUUUAACCUUUGAGGAGGGAUGUGCUGAAAUGUCACAGUGCUUGGAGGGAUAAAUUAAUGAACUUUAUAAAUAUUUGUAAAUUUCAUCUUGAGAAUGAGAAAUUGAAUUCAGAAAACAGUGGUGUAUCGGAUUCUCUGCUUCUAUGACUUGAGAAGGUCUGGUUUGGUGAUCUCUUAAGAUGUUUCAGUAGUUUUUCAUUUUGUAUUCCAGAUGAGUGAGUUUCCAGUAGAUAGAAAUAUAUGUUCAAGUAACCUGUAAAUAGUUUUAUUAAUGAACCAUGUGCCUUUGUUCCUGCUGUCCUCUAGCUGAUCUUAAUCCUGGCUACUAAGAACUCUAGACAAGCAUCUAGAUUCCAGUGACACUGAAUGUUUCAAAGCAAUAAGCAGGGUCUGUGUUCCAGGGGAGUUACCAAAUACGUCGAAAAGUUGUGAGCUAAUGAUAUAUUAAAUCUGACUUUUCCAAAGAUAAUGGUUGUGUGCAAAGCAUCUUCAUGGCUGCAUCCAACUUCCUGGGUGGUUGCCAGGAUGCUUUAAAAUGCUCUUCAGCGCUGAACUUCAUUUACUUCUGGUGUGUCUCAAUUCAGCAGCAUAAAAACAUUUAACUCCUGAGGCUGCUUUCUGUUUUCAGCUAUGUGUGUGUUUAAUACUGGCAUACUUUCCUAAAAGGAGUGAAUCUCUUCUGCUGAAAUCUGGGAUGAAUCCAAGAAUGCUGUGGAGUCUUUGUGAAACGUGGUAAUCUGAGAGACUUGGUGGGUCACUAGCAAGAAUCCAUGGGAAAGAAAGUUUCUCAUGAAUGAUGUUUCUAGAGUAAUGAGAUUUUCUAGUCUGUUCACACUAACAUUGACUGAUUUUCAUGGAGAGAAUGUAUUGCUUAAAAAUGUCAAACAAGGUAAAAUGUGAAAAAGUGUUUUCACUGUUAACAGCUCAUGUUCCAAAGCAGAGGAAAUAAUAAGGCUUGAAGUGACAAAAAAGCAAGUGUCCAGUCUGUUCCUCCAACUCUGUGGAACAAGCUUCAGUGACUCAAUCUGAAGUUCUGAUUUGUUUAGCUGUGUUAGCAAUUAACCUCUGUGAAAUAAAAGGGAAUUUGACAGAGUGA